AUGGAGGAAAGUAAAAAUGAGGGGGAGAAUCGGAUAAACUUGGCUAAUGAAACAGGAGCAUCAACUGAUAGUGAUGAUGACGCUAAAAUAAUCGUACAAGAUUUGUUAGAAUGCCCCAUUUGUUGCCUACCAUUCUCAAGACCUCUUCAACUGAGUUGUGGUCACUCUUACUGCGCUAAUUGUGUUGAUCGAAUGGUUGAAACGGUUACUAGACCAGGACAGCCUCAUAUACUUUAUGGGCUCCAAUGGGAUCAAGACUUAGCCAGAGCACUUAUCAACAGCCAAAACCGUAUUAGUCAUGGUAUUCCAUCUUUUGCAAGCCCUUUACAUAUUCCGAAUAACAAUAAUAAUAAUGAUAACAGCAAUGGUAGCAAUUUACGUUUGCAAAGCGGGUUAGGAGGCUUGGCGGAUGUCCACCUAGAACAGAAUCAUAUGCCAUUAGGUCGACGUUCCUCUGUAAAUGAGAAUAUGUUCGGAGAUUAUGUUUAUGAUAUGACGGAUCAGGAAACAAGUCGCCGGAUUCGUUGUCCUGAGUGUAGAAAGUACACUGUGGUUCCCAGAGAUGGUUUACCGAUUAAUUAUCGUCUACAAGAGAUGAUAAAUCGAUGUAUAGUAGCUCACGAACACAAGAAGAAAGAGACCAUGUUAGCAUCAACAUGUUCUGCUUGCAAGGAUAAACUCAAAGCUGGUAUUUUCUUCUAUUGUGAAAGCUGUUGUUCCAACCUGCUUUGCUCUCUAUGUGCGUUACGGUUCCAUAAUGGUCACAAAAUUGUUGAACGACGAGGACUGUCAAAGGAAGAAAGACAGAAAGGCAAAGACAAAGUCAACGAAUAUGCCGCUUCUUCAACGUUCUCGUUCGAUACUGUGUAUAACAUGUUAAAAGAGUCGUAUGACGACAAUUACAAGCAAUUAAAAUCAAGUUUUGAUCUCUGUUUUCGUCCUUUCUAUCUUCUUUCUGGUAAUGUCGAUUGCACUGCAGCCAUCAAUAGUGAAGCCGAAUUAGAGGAAACUGUUGAAAAGGCUAGAGUGUUAGCAACCAAAUUCCAAUCUGUUGUGGGGUCAAUGGAAGAAUUAAUCAAAGAUCAAACAGCAAACGUUAAAGCGGUUUGCGACGAACUCCAGCAAUUCAUGCGGAUCAAGAAAAUUUCAUUGACUCGUUUAAAAAAUGCUACCGACGAAAGAAUGAAAAACAGCACAGGAUCGCCUUGUAUAAAGAAACGUCGAAUUGAAGUUCGCAGGGGUUUUCCAUCAUCUUCUACUUUACCUCCUCAACAAGAUCAGCAACCUCUCCGUCUACGCCGUAUGAGUCCUCCUGAUACUGAGACAGUUUUAAAUCCCCUCAUUCUCCAAACACACAGACUUCAACUAACAGCUCGAAGAAACCGACACACGGAUAACGGGGAAGACUCUUCCUCACCCAGGUCCGAUGAGGCGUUGGCAAGCGGAAGUUCUGUUGAACAUCCAUGGGAUGAAGACGAGGAUAUUACUAUAUUAGAAGCCCUCGAUCGAUCAUCAUCACGAUCAUAA